GAAAAUUGAAAACAAAACCCUAAUCCCUAAUCCUGUCUCUUCGUCUUUGACCGUUGAAAUCAAAGCAAACGCUCAUCUGGACGACAUGGGUUCUGAACAGAAUCAAGGAACCAGCUUUACCCAAUCGGAGCCGAAGCUUUGCGCCAACGGUUGCGGGUUUUUCGGCACAGCGGCGAAUAUGAACCUCUGCUCCAAGUGUUACCGCGACCUCCGUGCCGGGGAGGAGCAAGCGGCGAAGGCGAAAGCCGCCAUGGAGAAAUCUCUUGGUGUUCAAGCGAAAGAUGAGGUCAUCGUUGAAGCGAUUAGGCCUGUGGAGGAGCUGCCUCACGAGGGUUCCUCAUCGACUGAGGUUGAGGAACAACCGGUCGUGGCCCUCGCCGGAGACGAAAACCCAGAGCCGAAGUUGUCGAACAGGUGCUUCAUCUGCAGAAAGAAGGUGGGGUUGACUGGGUUCAAGUGUCGCUGUGGGAGUACAUUCUGCGGAGAGCAUCGGUACCCGGAAAAACAUGAGUGCUCCUUCGAUUUCAAGGGCACCGGGCGUGAUGCGAUCGCCAAUGCGAAUCCCAUCAUUAAAGCCGACAAAGUGGAGAGGUUCUGAAAGUUUGCCUUCAUUUCUUUCCCUCACAGCCUUUUGAGAGUUCUAUUAGGGUUUAAAGUCAGUAGAAAAUUGAGUGUUUUUAAUGUUCUUGCUAGUGUUCUGUGAGGGGGUCGAAAUGAUUUGAGACAGUAUUGGGGUUGGCUUAGGUUGAUUCAUAAUAAAAAAAAUGGGUCAAUGAAUGUUUCUGGUUUGAUCUUCAUUAUAUCCAUAUUUGUUAAAUAUAUAUAAUAUAUAUUGAAGCUAUCUAUUUUAUAUGCUUGUUG